AUGAUGAUGAUGAUGAUGAUGAUGAUGAUGAUGAUGAUGAUGAUGAUGAAUGAUGAUGAUGAUGAUGAUGAUGAUGAUGAUGAUGAUGAUGAUGAUGAUACAGCAGAUGAGUUUGUCAGAUUCUAUCCAUCGACUAAUUGUACUAGCACAGCUUCCUGUUGUAAAUGUGGGCAAAGCUGCGAUACCGCCGUCUAA